ACCGUAGUGUCUGUAGGCGCACUGUUGCCACUAGAGUCGCGUUUUAACACCGUUUUAUCAACUUUUAAAGACGUUUUUAAAUCUUUCAAGUGUGACACGUUUACAUAGCCGUUUGCAAUGCCAACCAGGACUUCCUUGUCUCUGCCGGAGGAUGUCAGGGAAAGGCUGCAGGUGUUGGAAAAGGAUGAGGAUGGCUUUUCGGAAGAGGAGCGUGUGAAAGAGAAGCUCAGGUUGGUGCAAAACUUCUUGAAUGUCGACACUCAGGACCAACUCAAAAGCCUGGAGAAGAAGAUGAAGAGUUCAGAGCUUUCAAUGGAUGGCUACCUCUCCAAAGUAGAGGCUGUACUGGGAAGAGAGCUGUGUGUAGAGAAUGGUUCACAUGUUGAUGGUGUGGAACAGAAUGGAAAGACAAAUGGCUUUGCUACAAAUGGUUCCCACAAAGAUGAGGAUGAUGGAGAGGUGACCAUGGACACCCAGGAGGAAGCAGAGUCCAUGAAAUCCCCCUCUGCUCUCAAAGGGAAAGGUGGACGUCGGAGCAAGGCAGACUCGGAGACUAAAAAGACCAGUGCCAGGGUCACUAGGAACAGUGGGAAACAGCCAACCAUUUUGUCAAUGUUUUCUAAAGUUCAAAAACGCAAGUCAGAUGAGGUGAAUGGAGAAGCAACAAAUGGUCAAAUAGAUGUGAAGAACGAGGAGGAAGAUAUUGAAGAGUGCCAGGAAGAGAAGCGACUCAAAGUGGAUUCAGAUGAAAAUGAAGUCCCAGAAGAACCUAAGACCAAGCCAGUUUCUGCUGCAAAGACACCACCCCCAAAAUGUCCCGACUGCAGGCAAUACCUGGAUGACUCCGAUCUCAAGUUCUUUCAGGGUGAUCCUGAUAAUGCGCUGGAUGAGCCAGAGAUGUUAACAGAUGAGCGUCUCUCACUGUUUGACGCGAAUGAAGAUGGAUUUGAGAGCUACGAAGACCUGCCACAGCACAAGAUUACAAACUUCAGCGUGUACGACAAGCAUGGCCACCUUUGUCCCUUUGACUCUGGCCUUAUUGAGAAGAAUGUGGAGCUCUACUUCAGUUGUGCAGUCAAGCCUAUCUAUGAUGACAAUCCAUGCUUGGAUGGUGGAGUUCCUGCCAAGAAGCUUGGACCCAUCAAUGCCUGGUGGAUCACUGGCUUUGAUGGUGGAGAAAAAGCCUUAAUUGGCUUCACUACAGCCUUUGCUGACUACAUCCUGAUGCAGCCCAGUGAGGAGUAUGGACCCAUCUUUGCACUUAUGCAGGAGAAGAUCUACAUGAGCAAGAUAGUGGUGGAAUUCCUGCAGAAGAACCCUGACGUUUCUUAUGAAGACCUUCUUAACAAGAUUGAGACAACGGUACCUCCGGCAGGGCUCAACUUUAACCGCUUCACUGAAGACACUCUCCUGCGCCAUGCCCAGUUUGUGGUGGAGCAGGUGGAGAGCUACGAUGAGGCUGGAGACUCUGAUGAGCAGCCUAUCAUUGUUACUCCCUGCAUGCGAGAUCUGAUCAAGCUGGCUGGAGUCACUCUGGGGAAAAGGAGAGCUGCCAGAAGACAGGCCAUUCGUCACCCAACCAAGAUAGAAAAGGAUAGUAAAGGCCCCACAAAGGCAACCACUACCAAGCUUGUCUACCAGAUCUUUGACACCUUCUUCUCUGAUCAGAUAGAACAAAAUGACAAAGACAGUGGUGGGAUUAAGCGGCAACGCUGUGGUGUCUGUGAGGUUUGUCAGUCUCCUGAUUGUGGAAAAUGUACAGCUUGCAAAGACAUGAUCAAAUUUGGAGGAACUGGCAGAAGUAAGCAGGCAUGUCGACAGAGGAGAUGCCCCAACCUUGCAGUAAAAGAAGCUGAGGAUGAUGAGAAUAUUGAAGAGGAAGAUGUACCCAUGGAAAAGGGCCCAACAAAGAAGGUUUCUCAGGCCAAGAGAAAGAAACAGACCCAGUGCAAGCUAACAUGGAUUGGAGAGCCUGUGGAGACCGAGGGGAAAAAGCAGUACUACAAGACGGUGCGUGUGAACGAUGAAAUCCUGAAGGUGGGGGACUGCGUCUCUGUCUCUUCUGAGGAUCCGUCCAUUCCGCUCUACUUGGCAAGAAUCACAUCCCUGUGGGAGGAUAACAAUGGAAAGAUGUUCCACGCUCACUGGUUUCUUCGUGGCGCAGACACAGUGCUGGGAGAGUCCUCUGAUCCACUGGAGUUGGUCCUUGUGGAUGAGUGUGAAGAUAUGCUGCUCAACUACGUGGAGGGCAAAGUCAAUGUGACGUACAAGGCCCCGUCCGACAAUUGGUUCAUGGAGGGUGGAUUGGAUGUUGACAUCAAAGUGAUUGAGGAUGAUGGGAAGAGUUUCUUUUACCAGUUCUGGUAUGAGCCGGAGUGCGCCCGCUUUGAGGCGCCUCCCAGCUUCACAAGUUCAGAGAACUGCAACUUCAAUUUCUGUGGCAGCUGUGCCAGGACAAAGGAGAGAGAGGAGCAGGAGAUUCCUCGUGUAUUCGAACCCCUAGAGAAUGAGGACAAUGACUCCAAAGCUCUGUAUGCUCUGACCUCCUUCAGGGGAGAGCAGUUCAGGGUAGGAGACAGUGUCUACCUGCCUCCUGAGGCAUUCAAUUUUAGUGUGAAGGCAGCCAGUCCUGUGAAGCGCUCCCACAGAAAGGAAGAUGUAGACGAGGAGUUGUAUCCAGAGUACUAUAGAAAGUCCUCAGACUACAUCAAGGGUUCAAACCUGGAUGCUCCGGAGCCCUUCCGUGUCGGACGAAUCAAGGAGAUUUUCUGCCAUAGGCGCAUUAAUGGAAAACCUGACAUGUCAGAGGUCAAACUUCGACUCUACAAGUUUUACAGGCCUGAGAACACUCACAAAGGUGUCAAAGCCAGUUACCACGCAGACAUCAACCAGCUGUAUUGGAGUGACGAGGAGGUUAAUGUCAGCAUGUCAGAGGUACUCGGCCGUUGUCAAGUAGAGUAUGGAGAGGACCUGAAUGAGUCCGUCCAGGACUUCUCCAACAGUGGGCCAGAUCGCUUUUACUUCCUGGAGGCUUACAAUGCUAAGACAAAGAGCUUUGAGGACCCACCGAACCAUGCCCGCUCAGCUGCUCACAAGGGAAAAGGAAAGGGCAAAGGAAAAGGUAAAAGCAAAGUGAAGUCUUCAGCUGCACAGGAAACACCAGAUUUGCAGGAAUCACAGAAGCCUAGAGUACCCAAGUAUCGCACCUUGGAUGUGUUCUCCGGCUGUGGUGGACUAUCCGAAGGUUUCCACCAGGCUGGUAUCUCCGAGACUCUGUGGGCCAUUGAGAUGUGGGAGCCUGCCGCGCAGGCCUUCAGGCUCAAUAACCCCGGCACCACAGUAUUCACAGAAGACUGCAACAUCCUGCUGAAGCUGGUCAUGUCAGGAGAGAAGACAAACUCUCUGGGCCAGAAGCUGCCUCAGAAAGGGGAUGUGGAGAUGCUGUGUGGAGGUCCUCCUUGCCAAGGCUUUAGUGGAAUGAACCGCUUCAACUCCCGCACUUACUCCAAAUUCAAGAACUCCCUGGUGGUCUCAUACCUGAGUUAUUGUGACUACUACAGACCCAAGUUCUUCUUGCUUGAGAACGUGAGGAACUUUGUCUCAUUCAAAAGUUCCAUGGUCCUGAAGCUGACUCUACGCUGUCUUGUGCGCAUGGGCUAUCAGUGUACUUUUGGUGUCCUUCAGGCUGGUCAGUAUGGUGUGGCCCAGACCCGUCGCAGGGCCAUCAUCUUAGCUGCAGCUCCCGGGGAGAAGUUGCCUCGUUACCCUGAGCCUCUUCACGUGUUUGCUCCCAGAGCGUGCUCUCUCAGCGUGGUGGUGGAUGAUAAGAAAUAUGUCAGCAAUGUCACACGAGGUAAUGGAGGAAUCUACAGAACCAUCACAGUCAGAGACACCAUGUCUGACCUGCCAGAGAUCCGUAAUGGUGCAUCUGCACUGGAGAUCUCGUACAACGGGGAACCCCAGUCCUGGUUCCAGAGGAAGAUCAGAGGAACACAGUACCAGCCUAUUCUCCGAGAUCAUAUCUGCAAGGACAUGAGUGCUCUUGUUGAGGGUCGGAUGCGCCACAUCCCCUUGGCCCCAGGCUCUGAUUGGAGAGACCUGCCUAACAUCGAGGUCAGGCUAAAAGAUGGGACCAUGACAAAGAAGCUACGCUACAGCCACUCUGAUAAAAAGAAUGGACGCAGCAGCACCGGCGCUUUGAGGGGUGUUUGCACCUGUGCAGGAGGGAAGCCCUGUGACCCUGCUGACAGGCAGUUCAACACCCUAAUCCCAUGGUGUCUGCCACACACCGGGAACCGCCAUAACCACUGGGCGGGGCUCUACGGCCGACUAGAAUGGGAUGGCUUCUUCAGCACUACAGUCACCAACCCUGAGCCCAUGGGCAAGCAGGGUCGUGUUUUGCAUGCCGAGCAGCACAGAGUUGUCAGCGUGAGGGAGUGUGCACGCUCUCAGGGAUUCCCCGACACCUACCGCUUCUUCGGGAACAUUCUGGACAAACACAGACAGGUUGGAAAUGCUGUGCCUCCACCACUUUCCAGAGCCAUAGGGCUUGAAAUCAAGAAGUGCGUCUUGGAGAGGAUUAAAGAGAACACAUCAGAGAAUGUGAAGCAAGAGAAGAUGGACGUCUCAGAUUAGACACCCAUUCUCCUCUCGGCAAGAAUCAGUUCAACUCCUGACACUAAAGGCUCAGGAAAUUGUUUUUAUUGAUGUUUUUAAAUUAGCUUGCUUUGAGGUGUCACUCAAUGCAGCCAACUUGGACAUUGUGCAGUACAAUUCUGUUCUUGAGUUUCUAAAUGUUGUUUUAUGCGUGUAUUUGGAAAUGCCCACACAAUGUGGGACAAAUUGUAUGUAGUUUUUAUAUGUAAUGUUUCAAAUAAAGCCCUUAUUAAAUGUACUGUCAAGCUCUUAUGUACUAUCAGUCUUUUAAUUUCUGCGUUUAGAAAAAUGGGUCGAAUGAGAGGUGAUGGGCUUAAAACAGCAGCUACCUCAUCAACUUGCAAUUUUAGGAUGUGAUUUAAAAAAAGUGCCAUAUUUUUAAGAGGUCAGACUACAUUUGUUAAUGAUAUACUGUUCUCCUGACUUUCCCGUUAUUUAUCUUAAAAAUAACAAUCUGUCAUCUGCUUGUCAAGUUUAGUUUUUAGAGUCAAUACUUUUGUUCUUCAGCGGAGCAGAACUGAGAUGGGACGGUGUCUUCAGAUUCUCAAAUCUUUCAGUUAUUGAAAAUACCAGGUCAGAUACCGAAACUUGCAUUCUAGUCUUACAAAGCUGGUAGCUGUGUGAUAACGUAAAAUGUAAUUUGAAUGGUAUAAAUUUACAUGACAUUCCUGCACAUUUUAAUGCACAAUUGUGAUUUGUUGGAUUUAAUAGACUGGGAAAAAUAAAACUGCAA